AUGUUAUUUCAAUCUUCAUCCCAAGUGAACAAAAAUAUUAGAAGACGAAGAAGGAAGAAAAGCACUUCACCGAUAUUAGAAUUAGUACGCUUUGUCGUCACCGGUCCUAUCCUAACAAGCUCUACAUACUCUACAGAGAACAAAAAUUUUAGAAGACAAAGUAUACCAAACCCCGUGGAUCCCGACGGGAAUCCACUCACUAUUCCUCCACCCUUUCCUCCUCCAGGCGGCGCCCCAGAUAAAGGUGGCGGUGGAGCCGGUGAAAAAAACAGGCAAAUAAUAAAAAUAAUUCAU